AAAUGAUUGUUUUAUUUUAACUUGCAUUUUUAGUAUUUAAAUAUUUUUUGUUUACAUAAAAUGAUGACAAUUCCUUAAUAACCUGUUAAAAAUUAAGAUGGUUUGGGUCGUUGAAGAUAUUUGCUGCUCGUUAUACAUUUCUUACAGAAAGGAGAAGUGGACGGCUUUUAAUGAAAAUGAAGGUAGUUCUUAGCCAUUUUCACCAGUGACAACAUUGGAUUAACUUAGCUCUUUAUCGUCAUGGUGAAAAAAUAAGUGAUCGGUACCAUGGAUCCGCAUCUUACGUUGCCUUCUACUUGGAAGCCUUAUCAAGAGCCAGCACAGCAAUUGUGAUUUGUUGCAUUUACAAACAGCAUACACGGACAGUAUGGGUUGUGAGGUGGUUAUUCGUUCGGCCUUACUGUAAAUUUGGCUUGUUGUAUACAAGUAAUAUACUUAAUACGCAAAGUGGACCAUUGCCUUUAGGGGUUCUUGAGAAUGGUAAUUGGAAGUUGGAGAUGCUUGACCAUCGCUUUGACCUCCAUUUAAGGCGAUCAUCUUCGACAGCAGCAACAACAGCAUUGGGUUUAAUUUGAGCAGCAAUACAUGAAACCAUUUUAUUAUAUCUUAUUCAAGUUCAUAAUUUUAUGAAGGUUUCAUUAAAAUAAGAAAAUUACUCUUUGUAUUAAUUGUCCAAUUACGUAAUAAAUUUUUCGAGAUGGCGCCCAACGUGGGGCAUAAGUAAGGUGCUGUUUUUGCUGUCUGGUUAGCUUCCGGGUUGGGGUUUCGUUUGUUUGUGGGUCCAUGGUCUAUCCUUUAAAUUUUAUUGAAAUGAGUGUAGAAUUAAAGACACGUAAAUAUAUUCGUGGCCAAGUAACGCGGUUGUUUAAUGAACAUGAUAAAUUCACGAGUAUGAAUAAAACUGAGUGCAAGGCUGUUCAAAUUAAACUGGUUUCGUACAGUGAUCAGUUGAACAGUCUUAAUACUGUAAUCCAGAAGUCCUUGUAUGGAGACGGGAAAAAUGAGGAGGAGUUCUUAUUAGAAUUGCAGUCUUGUGAUGAUUACUCAGAUAAAUUAAAUACCUGUUUUGCUGUUUUGCAAUUGAUGGAUUCUAAGCCUGAGGCCAAGGAUUCUGAGACCGCAAGAAGUCUCUUGAAGAGUCCUGUAGUUCCACUUCCGGUUUACGCUAGCACCGAAAGUGAAAAUGUUGAAAAAUUUCUUGUUGAGUUUGAAUCGGCUAUUGCCACAUAUUCUUACACUGAGAGGGAUAAACUAUUGCUUCUCAAGCAACAGGUAUCAGGCAGAGCCUCAAUUUUGCUCGAGAAUCUUGAAAUUUCAAAGCAGACUUAUACUGAUGCUAAGAAAUUGCUUAAAGAAGCACUGGCUUCUCGUUCGCUGCAGAAAUUUAAUGUAAUUAAACAAUUAAGUGAAAUGAAGCUUGAGUACGGUACUGAUCCUUUUUCCUAUAUUGGAAAAAUUACUAAUGUAACUGAAACUUUUUCUACAUUGGAAAUCAAAGUAGAUGAUAUUUUGCAGUAUUUCAUCUGGCAAGGCAUGAAUGAGUCCUUUAAAGCUCAACUUGUAAAUGUGACUAAUCAUGUACGUCCGUCACUUGAGGAGAUAAAGGAAAAAUUCUUUGAAGCAUCUGAACGUUAUAUGGACGUCACAAGAAAGUUUAAUGAAAGAGGAAAAUCUUCUACAUCACUUGCAGUUAAUGUUAAAUAUGAGGAUAAUGAAACUAACAGAAUUAGUAAUGCUGACGCCACUUCUCCGAGGAAAAAGUGCACUCUUUGCCAAGAAAACCAUGCAAGACAUAAGUGUAUAAAAUAUAAAGAACCAGAGCAUAAGCUGAGACGCUUAGCAGAACUUAAUGGUUGCAAGAAAUGUGCUAACAUUGGACAUACCACUGACAAAUGUGAUUUUGAUGAUGUACAUAAAAUUAAAACAUCUUAUGAGAAGCUGAAACACAUUAGAACUAACUUGCUGGAAAUCUAUCAUCGGGAAUUCAUGAACACUUUAAUUAAACAAGCUACUGAUAAGAAGGAUAGAUAUGCUCCUGUAAACCAUAAACAAAUCAGUAUCGGCGAUAUUGUGCUGAUUAAGGAUGAUGGAUAUAAACCUGUUAAUUAUCCUAUGGGAAUUGUCAAAGAAGUUUUCAAGAAUAUCAACGGAGAGGUAACUGCUGCUAAAGUUCUGAAGGGUAAAACCAAUGAAAUAACUAAAAGGCAUGUUACUUCUUUAAUACCACUCUUGAGGAAGGAGUCUGAUGAGGAUACUGUAGCAUCAGAUGAUGAUGAUGAGGAUGCUGUAGCAUCGAAAGAAGAGAUUCAAGGCAUGGACGUUUCUAGAAAACGUCCACGGAGAAAAGCUGCUGAGAUAUCACGGCAAAAAUUCAAAAACAUUCUAAACGAUGAUAUUUCAGACUAA